AUGGACAAAGCAAAGGCAGCCAUCACCGAGUUCAUGGGCAGGUCCGGCCACCACGACACCACUGUCCACGAGGCAGUUGCCCCUGCUGUACACCACGAGGUUGUCAAGCCCCAUGUACAUGAGGAGAUCAACACUGCCAUUGACAAGGAGGUCCACCAAGAUCACUACCACCGCACUGUCCAGCCCAUCCACGACCGCGAGGUUCUGCCAGAGACACACACUGCCAAGCUCGGAGCAGUCCAGCACCGCGAGUUCGACCACCGUGACACUGAUGCUACCAAGAGGACCCUCAUCCAAGAUCAGGCUCGCUUUGCCGACGAGAGGCGCAUUGAGGACACCACCCACAGCCAGAGCGUUGCUCCCACCGUUGGCGGAGAGCACGUCCACCACCACAUCCAUGAGACCAUCCAGCCCGUAGUCCAGAAGGAGACCAUCCAACCCAGCGUUGUUCACACCACUGUUCCUAUCCACGAGGUACACCACAACAAGGCCACUCACCAUGAGACUACUGCUCUGCCCGCCAUGACCAUGGAGCAAUUCAAGGCCAAGGGUGGAUCCCUGACUGGUCGUGAGGAGCGCUACGACGAGUUCGAGGGUGUUCCCAAGAACAUUGGUGGCGUCAGCACUCUUGCUGGUGCUGAGGGUCUUCACCACAAGACCACUCACGACCACUCUUCCGCCCGUCACGGCGAUCUUCACACUAAGAACCCAUUGGACCGCAACAACGAUGGCAGAGUUGAUGCUCACGACCUGACCAAGGGCGGCUCCCACAACACCAGCUCCGUCGGCACUGGCGCCUACGGAACCACCCACAACCCCAUGGACCGCAACAACGAUGGCAAAGUUGAUGCCCACGACCUGACCAAGAGCGGCUCUCACAGCACCACUGGCACUGGUGCCUACGGAACCACCCACGGAACCACCCACAACCCCAUGGACCGCAACAACGACGGCAGGGUCGAUGCUCAUGAUCUAUCGGGCAACCGCACUCACGACUUGGAUGACACCUCCCGCAGCAAGCACGAGGGCGCUACAGGUACGCUGGACUCCGCUGGAAUGGCGCAUGGUGUGAGCGAUGGAGGACACAUGGCGCAUCGUGCCAACGAGGACGGUGGGCUGCCCAGAGCGCUCACCGAAGAUGUGUCCAAAGCCCGUCCUCACACCCAAGCCGAAGAGGAACAAGUAAAACUUUUGCAAGAAUCCAAAGGCCAACAUUUCACAGGUAAACACAAGCCCAGCCUGAUGGACAAGCUCAACCCUAAGGUUGACAGUGACGGUGAUGGCAAGGCGGGAUUCAUGAAAUAA